AUGGAAAAAGAGGGGCAUUUGGCAAAAGUAACCCAGCCCACAGAUUUGGUUAAUUCCAUGGUUGUCGCACAGAAAGGAGAGAAGAUCCGCAUUUGCAUCGACCCAUCCGACCUCAACAAAGCGAUAAAGCGAGAACACUACCCUAGUAAAACAGUGGAAGAAAUUACCACGAAAAUCCCCGGAGCCGAAGUGUUCUCAGUAUUGGAUGCCAAGAGUGGAUAUCUUCAAAUGAAGAUCGACUAUGAAUCCAGUCUCCUUACAACGAUGAACACACCGCUAGGUCGAUACCGUUGGUUAAAGCUACCCUUUGGCAUCAAAUCCGCACCAGAGAUGUACCAGAGAGCAAUGGAUGACAUGUUAGAGGGGAUAAAAUAUGCAUAUGCCAUUAUGGAUGAUAUUCUGAUAGCUGGCCGUGACGUAGCGCAUCAUGAUGCUGUCUUACGACAAGUCCUUGAUCGUGCUCAGAGCUGCAACUUGAAGUUAAACUUCGACAAGGUGAAGAUCAGGAAAGAGAAAGUGCCGUACGUGGGACAUCUCAUAUCAGCACAUGGGCUCAAACCGGAUCCCAUGAAAGUCGAAGCGAUGAAAAACAUGCAUGCCAGCACCCGAGAACAAAGAUAAUGUCCGCCGUUUUCUGGGAUCAGUUCAAUACCUAGCCAAGUUCUUACCACGUUUGGCUGAGGUAGAAGAGCCACUACGGCACCUAACAAAGAAAGAUACAGUCUUCCACUGUGACAAACCACAGGAAAACGCUUUUCAACGCAUCAAAGAUCUAUGCUGCACAGCACCUAUACUGUCCUAUUAUGAUGUCAAGAAGGAUGCCAAGAUACAAUGUGACGCUAGCAAGAAUGCAGUCGGUGCUGUCCUUCUACAAGAAGGCAAAACCAUAGCGUAUGAAUCCCGAAAGCUUCGUACAUCCGAGCUAAACUGGUCACCUAUUGAGAAAGAAAUGUUGGCGAUUGUGUUCAGCACAGGCAAAUUCAGAGAAUACAUCCUAGGAAAGGAAACUGUAGUACAGACUGAUCACAAGCCAUUAGAGACAAUGUUUCGCAAACCUUUGCUGUCAGCACCCUUGCGGCUGCAGACCAUGAUGUUGAAAGUGAAAGGAUAUGACUUGAAAGUUGAAUACCUUCCUGGCAAGAAGCAAGUCAUCGCAGAUACGCUCAGCAGGGCCAGUCUUAAGUCAACAUGCUUGAGAGAAUAUCUGUCACGCAAGACAAAUACCAGGAAUUGCAACAAAGAACUGCGAAUGAGCUGCACGAUUUGUAUGCUGUCAUCCAGGUAGGAUGGCCCACCACAAAGCAGCAAGUGCCUCACAGCGUCAAACUAUUCUGGGACAAUCGAGAUGAAUUAGCAAUAUUGGACGGCGUAAUUUACCGAGGAAUAAGAAUCGUAGUACCACCAUCAAUGCAACAGGAAAUGAUAGAGCUGGUCCACGAGACUUACCAAGGAAUUGUGAAAUCCAAUUAAGCAGAGAGCACGAGAAGCGCUGUAUUGGCCGGGCAUGAGUUCUCAAGUCGAAGCGGAAGUAAAGGACUGCAGUACUUGUCAUGACUAUGCAGCAGAGCAACAGAAAGAACCGAUGAUGCCGAGCAAGACUCCAGAUUAUCCAUGGGCGCCGAAGCAGCAUCUGAUAUAUUUACGUUCAAGAGCAAAAACUAUGUACUGUCAGUAGAUUACUACUCCAAGUACAUUAAAUUCACAGAACUCAACGACCUCUCAGCUUUUAGUACCAUCGAAGCCCUAAAAGGACACUUUGAGAGACAUGGUAUUCCAGAAAGGCUGACGACAGACUGUGGCACACAGUACACAAGCGUAGAAUUUAAGAAUUUUGCGAAAGCCUACAACUUCUAA